AAAGAUCAUGUAGACAUGAAGUGUGGCUGCUGGAUCGAAAUGAGGAAAAUGCUAUUAUAAUUGUAGAACUAAAUAAAAUUGUCAAACACAUUACAGUUACUAUACUUUAUAAUGAAAAUGAUAUUGAUGAAUCUUCUUCCAUUGUGAUCUGUGAAAUUCUCUACAAAUAUCAAGGGCAUUGGAAAUUAAGAAAUAUUGUAUAUUCUUAUCAACAUCUCUCUGAAUUUGCGGCAUUAGAAGAACUAUUAAUAAAUUCCUGGACAUCAGACAAUAUCAAUUUGUCCUUAAUUUCUCAUUAUCACCAUCUUACAAACAUUCAAUUUGAUGAAAUUUUAGCAGCACCAACAAUUACUAAAUGUAAAGAAAUUGCUGCAGAAUAUGGAUUGCGUAUCAAAUCACCAAUACUUGACGAAUUAAAAAAAGAAAGGCAUCUCCAAUCACCACAUAAUAUAUAUCAUGUUACAGCCAGCAAAGUAUUAAGAUUUCUUAAAAUUACAAUCAAUGCACUUUCUUCAGGGGGAAAAUCAGCAUUUAUUGCAAUUUGGAA